AUGUUGGGAGAUCCAGCUCUGCGCAAUCAGAAGCUCAGAUGCACCUACCACCAAGACAUGGGGCACAUGACUCAGAACUGCAGGGCACUGAAGCAACACUUGGAAGACCUAGUGGCAGCCGAGCACCUAAGGGCUUACAUUGAUCAGGAUAAGGAAGUGGCCGAAUUGGGAAACCCACCGCCAGAACCAAAUAUUGAGCAUCCACCUCGGCUGAUAAUAAAUAUGAUCCAUGGGACAGCGACUCAGGAAUCUGAGGAGACACUGAAGGAAGAGAUCACUAAGGCUACGCAAAUUCAGCGGGUCAUGUCAGUGGAGCCUACAUCGAAAAAGGUACGCGCAGUACCUAAAUCCCCCUUGUGCACUGUUUCGUUUACUAGCAAAGAUUUAGAAGGCAUACAGCACCCACAUACUGAUGCAUUAAUUAUAACUGUGGGAAUCGGGAAACGAUUUGAUGUAAAAUGA